AUGACGUUCGUCACGGCCGGCGUCCCGCAGGUCGUCUGGUCGGCCAACCGCGGCAGCCCCGUCAGUGAGGGCGCCACCACGGAGCUCACGCCGGAGGGCGACCUGGUUCUCAGGUCGGGCCCCGGCGGAGCGGUCUUGUGGUCCACCGGCACCAAGGGCCGGUCCGUCGCCGGGGCGCGCAUCGGCAGCGACGGCAACCUGGUGCUGUUCGACGGGCGCAACGCCACGGUGUGGCAGUCGUUCGACCACCCCACGAACGCGCUCCUCGUCGGGCAGUCUCUGAAGCACGGCGCGCGGCUCACCGCCAACGCGUCGACGGCGGACUGGCGCGACGGCAGGCUCUACCUCGCCGUGGACGACGAUGGACUGAACGCCUACGUCAACGCCACGCCGCCGCAGCGCUACUACCACCUCAGCCUCAGCGAGACCGCAUCCGGCGCCUACGCGACGUACACCAACGGCAGCCUCACGGUGUCCGCCCGGCCCGGUGCGCCGCCGCUGGCCGCCAUCCAGCUGCCCACCGUGGGCGCCGGCACGGUGCAGUACAUGCGGCUGGAGCACGACGGCCACCUCCGGAUCUACGAGUGGCGCUCGGGCUGGGCGCCGGUGUACGACGUGCUCAAGUCUGCUACGACCUGA